AGAGGACCGGGCUCAACAAGCCAAACAUCUUCCAUUCCAAGCUCCUCUGUGACAUCACCUGGUGCACCAUAUCACAAUCGCGACAGCGCUACAUCCAGCUUCGUCUCUAAACCCAUAACUUUUCCAGACAUAAUUGGGCACAAAAAGCAUAACAGCAACGAUCCCAGCCAGCAGCUCGCAAAUUCAUUCAACAACUGGCAGCAGCUGCGCGGACAAGGCGCUCUUGAUAGGAUCAGUGUGAAACCCUUCAGCAACAGCGAAAUACACGGCCUAACAUCAGGCUAUGCACAUAGCAAUGCCGGUGGGAGCGCGCACCACAGCUACCCAGAGACGCGUCCAUACGCAGAUGGACACUACAUCGACUAUGGCCAGCCACAUGCUGGCGGUCACUACGGUGCCAGCGGACAUGGCGGCUACUAUGGUGGUGCCAACAGCGCUGAAAUCGGCGCUAUACCCUUCGACAUUUAUGGCGGUAAAGGCAGCGGUCAAUAUGCGGGUGCGGGUGGUGAGUAUUCAUACACAUACCCAAACGGACCACAAGAGGUACCAGCGCACAAGGGACCGCACGAGCUGUCGCCGAAGGCGCUGUUAGCCAAGAGCUUCCUCAUACCACUCGCCACGGCGGCAGUUUUGGGCAUCGCGGCAGCGUUGGUGAGUAAUCCGCUACUGCUACAAUUGGGUACAUUCUCCGGCUUGCCGGCUGGAGCAACAGUUGUGGGCAAACGACGAAGACGGCGACGAGAUCUGGCGGCUUUGAAAGCGACGCAGGCAGGAUUAGAAACAAGUGAUGAGUCGAAGACUGCCGAGACAGCUGCUGCUGGUGCACACAUCGCUUAUCGUGCACAUCGUCCGGAUCGUGGCAUGGCGCGUGUAUAGCUAAGAACGUAUGUAUGUGGAAGGAAGAAUGCCGGCCAACAUGUUAUGCUUAAUUUAAUUUUCCACCUUUUGACCUGCCGGCGGUAGCAACAGUUAAGCACUUCAAUGUGAUUGAAACGA